UCGCUGACGCAACCUAACUCCCAAAAAUAAGAAACUUUUCUCUCUCUUCUCCAUCUCUUCCCAAACUCUCUCUCUAUGUCCGAACGAACGCAUCGUGUCUGAGAAACAAUUGCUAUCACCCUCGAUCUUUCUCCACUAGAAACUGAUCUAUACACAUUAAAAAAAAAGAAGUCUUUAAUAUUAUCUGUACAGAGAGCUAUGGCAGCCGUUUCCUCUAACCCUCGCACCGUCGAAGAGAUCUUCAAAGAUUACACCUCUCGUCGCUCCGCUCUUCUCCGUGCUCUAACUAAAGAUGUUGAUGAUUUCUACUCUCAAUGCGAUCCGGAAAAGGAGAAUCUUUGUUUGUACGGACACCCGAACGAGUCGUGGGAAGUGAAUCUACCGGCGGAGGAAGUUCCACCGGAGCUUCCUGAGCCAGCGCUUGGGAUCAACUUCGCUAGAGAUGGUAUGCAGAGGAAAGACUGGCUCUCUCUUGUUGCUGUUCACAGUGAUUGUUGGUUGCUCUCUGUUUCUUUCUACUUUGGUGCUCGCCUUAAUCGCAACGAGAGGAAGCGGUUAUUCAGUUUGAUCAACGAUCUCCCAACUCUCUUCGAUGUAGUGACUGGUAGGAAACCCAUCAAAGACAACAAACCAAGCUCGGAUUCCGGAAGUAAAUCCAGAAACGGCACUAAGAGAUCAAUAGAAGGGCAGCCAAAGAGCACAACACCAAAACCGAUGGAAGGGAGCUACGAGGAUGAAGAUGAAGACGAAGAAGAAGACGAGCAUGGAGACACUCUCUGUGGAAUCUGUGGAGGCAAUUACACACAAGAUGAGUUCUGGAUUUGCUGUGAUGUUUGUGAGCGUUGGUAUCACGGAAAAUGCGUGAAGAUCACUCCUGCCAAAGCAGAUAGCAUCAAGCAGUAUAAAUGCCCUCCUUGCUGUGCAAAGAAAGGAAGACAGUGAUGAACUGAUGAUGAUCACCUCCCACACAGAUUCUGGUUCUCAUGUCUUAAUGAUAUAUUAAUCAACCCUUUUUUCUUUUUGUUGUUGUUGUUUCUUUGACCUUUUAAUUUCAAAGCAUACAGAACUCUCUCUCUUUAGAUCUCCAGAAAGAGAUUUCAAGAAGUUAAGAGAGAGUAGCAACUGUUUGAGUAUUAUUAUUCAUAUUAGACGACUGGUUUGUUCCAUCAAAUGUUUCAUGGGAUUUGUAUAUGCACUGUUUAAUCUUCUUUUGUUGGUCUUGCUAGGUCUUUUAUCUAUGUUAAGAUUCUGUAUUUUUUCAUAUAAUUCAAAGAAACUUGUUUUUUGAAA